AUGCCGCCGCCCACGACGACCUCAUCAUCACCCGCCGCCCAGCACCUCUCCCCCAGCACGCCCCUCAUCCUCGACGGCGCGCUGGCGACGGAGCUCGAAGCGCGCGGCCUCUCGCUCGCCACGCGCCUCUGGUCCGCCGCGGCGCUCGCCGCGCCCGCCCCGACGGCCGCCAUCCGCGCCGUGCACGCGUCCUACUACGCGGCCGGCGCGGCCGUCGCCACCACGGCCUCGUACCAGGCGUCGGCGCCGGGGCUGCGCGCGGCGGGCUACGCCGAGGCCGAGGCGCGCGCGCUGAUCGUGCGGAGCGUGGAUGUCGCGAGGGAGGCGAGGGAGGAACAGCGACGACAACAAGGUGCUAGUAAGGAGAUGCUGGUCGCGGGGAGCGUCGGGCCGUACGGCGCGUUUUUGGCGGAUGGGUCCGAGUAUACGGGGCGGUAUGCGCUGAGCAGGGAGGCUUUUAAGGAUUUCCAUCGCGAGCGCGUGGCGCUGUUGGUGGGGGCUGGGGCGGACGUGCUGGCGCUGGAGACGAUGCCGAAUCGGGUGGAGAUCGAGGCGGUGGUGGAGCUGCUGAGGGACGAGUUUCCCCAGACGAGGGCGUGGCUGGGCGUCACGGUGAGGCGGAGGAGGGAGGCGGUCAAGGGCGGGGCGGUGGCGGCGGUGGAGGAGGCGGCGGUGGAGCUGAGGAGGGUGGAGACGGGGGGCAGCUUGGCCAAGGAGGAGGGGUCGGCCGAGGGCGACGAGUUGGUGCUGAGCGAUGGGAGCGGGUUGAAGGGUGUGGGGGAGCUGGUGAGGGACAGCGAGCAGGUCGUCGCGGUGGGCGUGAAUUGCGUGCCGCAGGACCUGGUCGUCGAGGCGUUGAGGGCGUUGAGGGAGGGCGCGGGUGAGAAGGCGUGCGUCGUCUAUCCGAACAGCGGCGAGGUGUGGGAUGCGGAGAACAAGGUGUGGUUGGAGGGUGAGGCGACGGGGGGUAAGGCGUUAGAGGAGAGGGUGAGGGAGUGGUGGAAGGAGGGUGCUAGGUGGAUUGGUGGGUGUUGCCGGAUGGGGCCGAAGGACAUCAAGGUGAUCCGGCAGGUUGUGGAGGAGCUGCAGAAGGGAGGCUAA